AUGGCAUCAGGUGACCACGAAAAACAAAAACAUCAUGACGAACAAGAUUCUGAUGAUGAAAAUACUGUAGGAAAUGGUUAUAAAGCACCACAAAAAAUCGAUAUUGGAUCAAUUGUUGCUAAAGAUGAAAGUGAUGAAUCAUUAACACGUUAUAAAAAACUUCUAUUAGGUAAUUCAAGUGAUGGUACACAAAUUCAAAAUCAAUUAGUUGAUCCAAAUGAUUCACGUGUUGUACUACCAAUACGAAUAACACUUCUAUUUGAGAAUCAUAAACCAGAUGUUGUAUUUGAAUUAAAAGGUUCUAUGGAACAAUUAAAAGAUUUACAUUCAAAACGUACAAUAACAAUUAAAGAAGGUGAACAUUAUCGAACACAAUUAGAAUAUUAUGUACAACGAGAUAUUGUUACUGGAUUAAAAUUAAUCAAUAAAGUAUUAAAAGCACGAACAAUAACAGUGGAUAAAUCGAAGUUUAUGAUUGGUUCACGAGCACCCAGUGCCGAAAUUCAAACUUUUGUUAGUGAUGUUGAACAAGCACCAAGUGGUGUUCUAUCACGUGGUUCAUUUUUAGUUAAAUCGAAAUUAACGGAUGAUGACAAACUUAGUUAUGCUGAAUGGGAAUGGAAUUUAGUUAUUGCAAAAGAUUGGCAAUAG